AUGUGGAAGGAGAAGGAUACUACCACAUUAGAACUCCUAGUAAGCAAUAUGAAUCGAAGUUAUGAAGAGAUGGAAGUUACUAGACCAGAUAUAUUCGAAAAUAUCAGUUGUCUCGGCAGGAGAAGAAGCAAGGCUUCUCAGGUCGUUAGCAAGCGAAAGCCUUGCCAAAACAUUGGAACGUGGAAUGUGAGAACUAUGCUGAAUACUGGAAAGCUGGAAAAUAUUAAAGUUGAAAUGACAAGGUUAAACAUAGAUAUAUUGGGUGUAAGUGAAACACGAUGGGCGGGAAACGGAGAUUUCUGGUCCGAUGAUUACCAUGUUAUUUACUCUGGAGGUGAAAGAACAGGAAGGGCCGGAGUUGGAGUAAUAAUAAACAAGAAAUGGGGAAAACAAGUGAUAAAUAAGAUAGCGUACAAUGACAGACUUAUAAUGGUGAAAUUCAAAGCUGAACCCAGCGAUAUCGUAAUAAUUCAAGUAUAUUUCCCAACAACUGAAGCAGAGUACAACGAUAUAGAAGAAAUGUACGCAGGACUCGAGGAACUCUGUAAAUUAACGAAAGGAAGUGACAACUUAAUAAUAAUAGGGGAUUGGAACGCUGUUGUAGGUGAAGGUGUUGAUGGGCAAGUAGUAGGAACCUAUGGAUUGGGUACAAGAAACGAAAGGGGAGACCGACUUAUAGAUUACUGCAAACAAUAUGACUUAGUCAUAACAAACACAUACCAAAACAUUCAUCGGAAAAAAAGGUAUACGUGGAAAAUGCCAGGGGACAUUGGACGAUACCAAAUCGACUAUAUAUUGAUAAGAAAACGCUUCAGAAACCAAGUUCGGAGAUGUAAAACUUACCCAGGCGCCGAUGUGGACAGCGACCAUAAUCUCUUAAUGAUGAAAAGCAAUGUUACAUAUAAAAAACUGAAUAAACCUACACAAAAGGAAAGAAGAUAUGACGUGAAUAUGCUAAAAGAUCGGAAUACAGCGUUAGCCUAUGAAUCAUGCAUCAGUAAAACAUUCAAAGCACCCUCACAAAAUGACUCAAUAAAUAUAAGAUGGGAAGCAAUCAAAGAAACUAUACAUAAUGCGGCCAAUAAAACUCUUAUAAUAAAUACGUUAGAUCCCAAAAAACCAUGGAUAAAUGAACAAAUUCUAAAAGAUAUUGAGGAAAGAAGAAAGUACAAAAACUCCAAAGACAACCAGGGAAUAAGAAAAUAUAAAGAACUUAAAAACAAAAUAAACAGAAAUGCAAAAGAAGCAAGGGAAAAAUAG